GGUCCCGCCCCGCUUCGGAUCAGGCGGAGGAGGUGGCUAGUGCCGCUACCGUGCCUUCAGAACGUCGCCAGCUUGGCGCGCAGCCUGCUCGGGGAGCCGCUCGCUUUCCCUCGCCAUGCCGGUGGGAGCCUCUCCCCCGGUCAGGUCUCGAUAUAACCUAGUAGACGACAGGCACGACCUGCGCAUCCCGCUGCAUAACGACGACGCCUUCCAGCAUGGCAUCGGCUUCGAGGCCAAGUAUAUUGGCAGCUUAGAUGUACCUCGGCCAAACAGCAGGGUAGAGAUUGUGACUGCUAUGAGACGCAUCCGGUAUGAAUUCAAAGCCAAAAGUAUAAAGAAGAAGAAGGUGAAUCUGUUGGUAUCUGUAGAUGGUGUGAAAGUGGUACUGAAGAAGAAGAAGAAGAAGAAAGAGUGGGACUGGGAUGAGAACAAGCUGCUGGUAAUGCAUGACCCUAUCUACAGGAUAUUUUAUGUGUCCCAUGAUUCCCAGGACCUGAAGAUCUUCAGUUAUAUUGCAAGGGAUGGUUCCAGUAACACCUUCCACUGUAAUGUUUUCAAGUCAAAGAAAAAGAGUCAAGCCAUGCGCAUUGUUCGAACAGUGGGGCAAGCAUUUGAAGUCUGCCAUAAAUUGAGCCUUCAUCAUACACAGCAGAAUGCUGAUGGCCAAGAGGACAGUCAUAGUGAAAAGGGCAGUGAGGAUUUGGAAGCACCAGGUAAAAAGACAACAAUGAUGGAAAGGUAUUCCUGUGGUUUGACUGAACCUGAACCUGUCAACACUACUGAGGAAACAGAUAUUGAUGCUGUGGACAUCAGACGAUCAGGGAGUGAUCACUUGGAGUUUACCAGGGGAGUGACAGACCUUGAUGCUGUUGAUAAAGAGACGUCUGGUCUUCUUUGCAGCAAGGACUUGGUUCAUAAAGAGAAUAUCUUCAUGGCUUCUCCUAAAAUGCUUCUCACUUCUUCUACUCAGUUGCCUGAGCCAGAGGUUCCUCUCUCUGCUCAUCAUCAAAUGCAAUUUCUGCAACAGCUUUUGCAGCAGCAACAGCAGCAGACUCAGUUUGCUGUGGCUCAGGUACAUCUGUUGAAAGACCAAUUAGCUACAGAGGCAGCUGCCCGCCUUGAGGCACAGGCCCGAGUACAUCAGCUCUUGCUUCAGAAUAAAGACCUUCUUCAGCAUAUAUCACUUCUGGUAAAGCAAGUGCAGGAACUGGAGGGAAAACUGCUGGGAUUUAACAACAUGGACUAUCAAGACAGCUUGUUGGAAAUCACCUAUCGAUCAGAUGCCCUGCCUGUUCUGUGUGAUUCCACUACCCCUAUGCCUGAGGACACCCACCUUCUUCAGCCUGACAACAGCUUCUCCAAUGUUUCCAGUUCUCUGGGCAGCCCUUUAGGUAGGAGUGACUGUUUGGUGAAGCUGGAAUGUUUCCAUUUCCUUGCUAGUAUGGACCCUCCUUUGGGCAGCCUGGAGCUCAUCAAAUUUCGUGAGUUUGGUAUUGCCUCUGAGUAUGAAUCCAACAUGGAUGAAGGUGAGGAGUGGGACUCAUGGGCCCAAGAGGAACCACAUCGCCUGCUCAAUAUCCUGGACAAACAGGGGCUGGGAGAUAGCCUGGAAGAUGAGGUUGCCCUUUGA